UAAUAUAAUUGGGGGCCUAACCAAAUUUAUAACCGCCCCAGAAUAAAUAAGAGGCUUCCAAAAUGAUGGUGAAAAUACCAGUUUACCCUUCUCUAAUAACUAACCCUAAAAUCCUAUUAACAAUUAAACCAAAGGCCCCCAUUUACUUUUCAAAAGAAAACUGUCUCUUCUUCUCCUCGCACAGUCGUUCUAUUUUCUUCUUCUCAUCCCACAAUCUUCCAUUAACGAUUAGAGAAGAAAAAAUUUCAUCUGAUUCAUCGUCUCAAUCGUCGAUGCGAAAAUUUUAAUCGACGAUUAACUUCUUCUACAAACAUGGCACGUACGGAGAUGACUGCGAGACUAGCCAAUCAAAUCCCCAAUCUCGUCGAUAUCGUUAAAGCGGCGAAGGACUAUUCGAGAACAAGGAAGAAAUCAAAACCGCCGGAGAAAGAAAUGGCUCCAAUUAGAAGUAGCAAGAAUAAAAAGGAUAAGAAUGUGUUGGUAACUCCUCCAUCCAAACCUCCCCGCAACUUAAAAUACCUAAAUGCGGGUCUAUUACGAGGAAAAACAUCGAGUGAGGUAGCCGCAAUUAUCCGCGAACCCAGAGAACCAUGUGCUGAUUCCGAUGAAUCGUCGUCUUCAUUAGAUGUUGUUAUAUAUACAACCCCAAGCGAUGAAGAAGAAGUCGCGGAACAUGAGGAGGAGGAUGGUAAUGAUGGUAAUGGUGGUAAUCAUGGUGAUGAGGAGACAGAGAAUGAGGAAGAGGGGGAUCAAGGUAAUGAUGGAAAUGGUAGUGGUAGAGGUGAUGAAGAGGGGGUUGAAGAUGAUGGUAAUGAUGGAAAUGGUAAUGAAAGAGAUGAUGGUGGUAGUAGUGAUAAGGAGGAGGAUGAAAUUCAGGAGCAGCAGGAGGAUUAAAUUCAGGAGCGGGAGGAGGAUGCGGCGCAACCACAGCCUGAGUCGAAGGGGAAAGGUCCAAUUGCACCCAGCGCGACACAUUCCACCCAUGUGUUUGCAGCUUACUCGUCUUAGCAAUGGGAAAGCCAGAGGUGAACCUAAAGACGGCGCAAAAGUUCUAUUUGGAUAUGCUAGCUCGUGGGCCCGUACCAUCUAUGAGACAAUUGCAACAUUCUCAACUUUGCUUUUCAUAUGAUAUGUUGAUAUUCAAUUUCUUAUGUUUAAUUUGUAUUUGUUUGUCUUUUGUAGGAUCAUAGGAAUGCCACGCGUCUUUUUAGACACCCAUCUUCUUAUGCAAAAAUGAAAAAAUGACCGCUAGAAGAUGAAUGUGCAAGAGUGAGAAAAAUUGUUGAAAACUCAGGUUUAAGUUUAUUUUUUUCCAAGUCUAGUAAUAAUGCAUAGACUUGGCAAAAUGAAUAAUGGAAAUAGAUAAUAGCAAGUCAUUUUUUUA